AUGGAGCAACAGAGAAAGCAGAAGACGAUGCAGCUAGAACAAGAGGAACAAGAAGACAUACAACACGGUCCUUUCCCUGUUGAGCAACUUCAGGCAUCUGGUAUUGCUGCCAUUGACAUAAAAAAGCUAAAAGAUGCCGGCCUAUGUACUGUAGAAUCUGUUGCAUACUCUCCAAGGAAGGAGCUUCUGCAAAUAAAAGGAAUAAGUGAUGCAAAAGUUGAUAAGAUCAUCGAGGCAGCUUCAAAAUUGGUGCCUUUGGGUUUUACUAGUGCCAGCCAACUCCAUGCACAGAGGCUUGAAAUUAUUCAAAUAACUUCUGGAUCAAAGGAACUUGACAAAAUAUUAGAAGGAGGAAUUGAAACGGGAUCCAUUACUGAAUUAUAUGGUGAGUUCCGUGCUGGAAAAACUCAACUAUGCCAUACACUGUGCGUGACUUGCCAGCUUCCGUUAGAUCAAGGGGGUGGUGAGGGAAAAGCAAUGUACAUCGAUGCUGAGGGAACAUUCAGGCCACAGAGGCUAUUACAGAUUGCAGAGAAAUAUGGGCUGAACGGUGCUGAUGUUUUGGAGAAUGUGGCAUAUGCUCGAGCAUAUAACACUGAUCAUCAAUCUAGGCUGCUGCUUGAAGCUGCUUCAAUGAUGGUGGAAACCAGGUUUGCACUUAUGAUAGUAGACAGUGCAACUGCUCUUUAUAGGACAGAUUAUUCAGGAAGGGGAGAGCUCUCGGCUAGGCAAAUGCAUCUUGCCAAGUUCUUGAGGAGCCUUCAGAAAUUAGCUGACGAGUUCGGUGUUGCUGUGGUUAUUACCAACCAAGUUGUCGCUCAAGUGGAUGGUUCUGCUAUUUUUGCUGGGCCGCAAAUCAAACCCAUUGGUGGUAACAUUAUGGCACAUGCUACUACAACGAGGCUUGCUCUACGGAAGGGAAGAGGAGAAGAGCGCAUUUGCAAAGUGGUGAGUUCUCCAUGUUUGGCUGAAGCUGAAGCAAGGUUUCAAAUUUCAGUAGAAGGUAUAUCAGAUGUAAAGGAUUGA